CUCCCCUCUGAGAAGAUUGUUGAUCAACAAAUUGUUUAUUUUCUCAUUUUUCAUUACUUUUUAAUUUAUUUAAGUUUAUCUUCAAGCUGCAGUCGCAAUUUAAAGCAGAGCGAAGAUGAAUCACAAUUCUCUCGAUCAAGAAGAUGACGAGAAGUAUUUUGACGAAACGGAACGAGCUAAUUUCAUUAAAGUAAUCAGUAGCUUUAAGAAUUACAAAAGAAAUUGUUUUGCAAGAAUUGACCAAAGAUUAUGCUUCCUUACGACGCUACCAAUCAGACAACAACAGAUGCUAGAAAAAUACAAAAAGACACUGAACUCUUCUAAGCAAUGCGUAGAACAAAAUCAAAGGAUAAUUGAGAAGUUCCUAAGUGGAGUGGAUUCGCUGUUUGUUAAUUCUAAAAAUGACAUUGUUGAGCCUGAAGAGAUACUAAAAAUUGCUGAUCCAGAUAAUGACAAAGUAAUUAUCACGUUAAAGCAGAUUGUACGCGAUUGGACGGAUUUAGGAGCUGAGGAACGAGAUCAAUCCUAUAAGCCGAUUUUAGACGAGCUGACUCAAUAUUUUGAUAUCAAUAGCAUGGACAAGAAUCAACUUAGAGUGCUAGUUCCUGGUGCUGGACUUGCUCGUUUGGUUUACGAAAUUUCGUUGCGUGGAUUCUAUUGCGAAGGAAAUGAAUUUUCAUUAUUUAUGCUGAUCGUGUCAAAUUUCUUGCUCAAUCGAUGUCUGAUGAAUAAUGUCCAUGAAUUCUUCCCAUACUGUCAUAAUUUCAUGAACAAUCUCAAUCGUAAAGAUCCACUGUUGUCAUGUACAUUUCCGGAUGUGUCUCCGUAUCAGAAUCCACCAAGAGGUGAAAUGAACAUGAUUGCCGGUGAUUUCAUUCAAGUUUAUGGACAAUCUUCUCAAUUCAGCGAAUGGGACUGCGUAGCUACAUGCUUCUUCAUCGAUUGUGCAAAUAACAUUGUUGACUUUAUUGAAAUCAUUUAUAAACUCCUGAAACCCGGUGGAAUUUGGAUUAACUUGGGUCCAUUGCUUUAUCACUUCUGUGACAUGCCCAGCGAACUUAGCAUUGAACCAUCAUACGAAGAUAUUCGUGCUAUUAUUCAAACUGUUGGAUUUGAGUAUUUAAAAGAAGAUAAGAACGUGCGAACAAAAUAUUCACAAAAUGAAUUAUCAAUGGCCCGACUGGAAUACUCGUCAGUAUUCUUUGUUGUAAAGAAGAAGUAAUAAGUCGAAUCUCUUCAUGAAUCAUAAUUGUUUUAGCUUGAUGACAAAUUUGCUUGAUUUAUCAUGUUUUCCUGACAAAUACAAAUUUUUUUGAAUUUAAUUUAAAUUUAUUUUUUCAUAUUGAAUGCAUCAAUAAAGAGAGAUGAUAACAUUAAA